CAACCAACCCACCACAAGUCGCAAUUCACACCAGCGCGACGACAGGAAGAAGAGUUUCUCCGCCGCAGUCGCCGAACCACCCGGUGCCGAGGCCCUAGGCGCGCUUGCUUCCCCGCCGCCAGCAUGGCACCGAAGCGCCCGGCCGCCGCCUCGGGGUCGGCGUCCGAGGCAUCCGACGCGGAGGCGGACGCGGGCCACCACCAGCCAUCAUCCCCGUCUCCGUCCAAGACGCCGCCGCCGCCCAACCCUAACCCUAAGUCCACCGCCGCUGGCCCCACCUCGGCGGCGGAGGACUCCACCGCGGCUGGAUCCGGCUCCGAGGCCGCCUACGACUCUGACGCGGACCACCGCACCGCGCCCCGUAACGCGGCGUCGCCCUCGAGCAAGCCCAGGAGCACCAGGCCGCGCUCGCGCUCCCGCUCCCGCUCCCCGGACGCCGCCUCGUAUUCCGACGGCGUGGCCUCAGACGCUGACGCCGACCCAGCCGCCGUAGACGGCGCCGACUCCGCCGACGACGGCAACGCCUCGCCGCUCGCGCCCCCGCGCCCGUCCCGCGCCGAGGCCGCCGCCGUCAAGCCCAUCAGCUCGCGCCCAAUGGAUCCGCCGCGCCGCUCCAUGGUGCCCUCUUUCUCGGAGCAGCGCUCGAAGCGCCCCCGCAGCGUCGCCGUCCCGUCAUCCGUGGAGCACCUCAAGAGGCCGACGCGGCUCUGGAGCCUCCACGACGAGAUCGUCAUCCUGCGGGGCUUGGCCACGUACCGCGCCAAGCGUGGCGUCCUCCCCGGCUCCACGUACGACAUUUCUAAGCUACACGGCCGCAUCCGGAGCGAGCUCAGCGUUAAGGUAACCACCACGCAGCUCGGUGACAAGGUACGGCGUCUCAAGCAGAAGUACAACCUGCUUGCGUCACGUGGCAAGAGCGGGCGGGAUCCAGACUUGCCCAGCCAGCACGAACAGAGCGUCUAUGAGAUUGGCAAGAAGGUUUGGGGAGGAAGUGCUAACGGUGGAGGAAGUACCGGUGGUGAUGGGUACGAGAUUGGUGGUGACAGCGAAGAGGAGCAUGAGUUUCGAGAGAGUGACGAGGAUGUGGAGAAUGGCCGAGAUGAACGUGCCCGCAAGAACAGGAGGGUUAUGCCAAUCGCCAUGGCAAACGGCAACGGGGCUGGGUUGGGGGCUGUGAAAGCCAAUAGCAGAGGGAAGUUUGAUACUGAGAAGGGAAAGGAUGCUUACCCCUACCUUUGGGAGACUGUGGAGGAUCUGUCAAAGGAGCACCCGAACGGGGUAGCAUUCAAGAAGGCCUUCGAGUCGAUCGAAGGCCCCAAAGCGCGUGGGAUGGAGGAAAAACUGCGAAAGUUCAGGUUGACAGAGAUCAGACACCAGCUGCGCCGUAUGGAACUGAUGAAGGAGACGGUGAAGAUGGUGCUCGAUGCGCUGGAGGGUUGACCGAGACUGAAUGGUCUUCUGGUCUUCUUUUGUUUCUAGAUAGAGUUUUUGUGGCUGAGUUACUUAACUUUUAUGGACAAAGGUGCACUUGUCUCAGUAAGAAUAUAGGUACAGAAAGAAAGUGAGACUGAUGGUGUUUCCCUUGUUCCUGUGGAUCAUAUGUGCUGUUUGGUUUAAGAAAUGUAACGCAAAGGGUAAUGGUAAUGGUUUACAUUCGAU